AUGGCCUUAAAGGAUAGGACUAGUAUUUGGCGGCUUGCUUUUUUGUGUACGAUCACAUCUGUUGUUGGAGGGUAUAUUGGGUACUUAAUUGGUUAUGGACUAUAUGAAACUUGGGGCCAAAGCAUUAUAGAGUUUUAUGGCCUGAAAGAAUCAUUUGAAAAACUUCGAGAAGAUUUUUCUCAAUGGGGUUUUUGGAUUAUUGCCUUAAAAGGACUGACACCUAUUCCUUAUAAAGUUGUGACCAUUGCAAGUGGAGUGGCUGCAUUUGAUUUAUGGACCUUUACAUUUGCUUCAAUUAUCGCGCGAGGAUUUAGGUUCUUUUAUGUUGGUCUUCUUUUGUGGUACUUUGGCCCACAGAUACGAGACUAUAUAGAACGUAACCUAACAUUAGUGACAACAGUUGGUUUGGCGUUGCUGAUAGGGGGAUUCAUUGUCAUUAAGUAUCUUUG